UAGGUUUGUUAUUACAGCAGCAGUUGUGACAUUUAACCAACUCUAGUUAAAUGCUGUUGUCUGGUCUAAAUUUGUGGUCACUGUGUUAAAACCAGUUUCCUGACGGCCUCCGUUCAAGUGUUUAAAAGUGCUAGCUUACCCAGCAUUUUCAUUAACUAGCUAAAAAACCUAAAAGAAAGUAUUCUCGUAAUGGCACGGGAGUUUAAGAGUUGGUCUUUUUGGCGGGCAGUAUUGGCCGAGUUUGUCGGGAUGACGCUUUUUAUUUUCAUCGGUAUCGCCUCCGCUAUCGGUAACAAGCAUAACAAAUUUCCUGACCAAGAGGUUAAAGUAGCUUUAGCUUUUGGUCUGGCCAUUGCAACACUGGCUCAGAGUUUGGGGCACAUCAGUGGAGCCCACCUGAACCCAGCUGUUACCGUAGGACUGUUAGUUAGCUGUCAGAUCAGCUUCUUCAGGGCCAUCAUGUAUAUUGUUGCUCAGAUGUUAGGGGCUGUUGUGGCAAGUGGCAUCAUGUUCAAAGUUAGCCCGGACCCUGAAUCAACACUGGGGCUCAAUAUGGUGAGUCACGGCGUAAAAACAGGUCAGGCGUUUGCCAUUGAGCUUUUUGCAACAUUUCAGCUGGUCCUCUGUGUGUUGGCCACAACAGAUAAGCGUCGAACCGAUGUUAUGGGCUCUGCACCUCUUGCCAUCGGGCUAUCGGUUGGUUUGGGACACCUGGUAGCUAUCAGUUACACCGGGUGCGGUAUCAAUCCUGCUCGAUCUUUCGGACCAGCUGUUGUUCUUGAAGCAUUCAAAAACCAGUGGAUAUACUGGAUUGCCCCCCUGACCGGAGGGGUGGCUGCUGCCCUUGUAUACGACUUCUUGCUGUACCCAAAGAAGGAAGGGUUUGGCAGGCGCAUGAAUGUUCUGAAAAGUGGCGAAGAACCGGAAACCUCUGCGACUGAACCCCUUAUCGAACCAAGAACCCCCAGAUCUGGUUCUGGUCAGUGGCCCAGGCCAUGAGAUGUGAUGAGUCUUGAGGUCUAGGAGAUGAGUGACACAUUAAUCACAAUAAUUUGCUCUUAAAAUUGGAUGUUUAACGGUAAUUGUCAUUAAGUCUGUUGUAAGGUAAACAUCAGGCCAUUGUCUUACAACAAACAAACAAAUAAAGGAAGGAAAGGAAUUCCAGCUGUGAUUUUAUCGCACUUACCUGACCUUCAAGCUCA